UUAAAUGUGUCCUACCCCGCAACGGGGUGCCAGAAGCUCUUUGAGUUUGAUGAUGACAAGAAAUUGCGUGCUUUCUUUGAGAGGCGCAUGGGCCAUGAAGUAGAAGCAGAUACCCUUGGUGAAGAAUGGAAGGGAUACGUCCUCCGCAUCUCUGGAGGCAAUGACAAGCAAGGUUUCCCCAUGAAGCAGGGUGUCCUCACAAAUGAGCGUGUACGUCUGCUGCUUUCCAAGGGCCACUCUUGCUACCGCCCACGUAGGGAGGGAGAGCGAAAGAGGAAGUCAGUCCGUGGUUGCAUCGUAGACAACAGCUUGUCCGUUUUGUGUGUAGUCAUUGUAAAGAAGGGUGAAGGGGAGAUCCCAGGCCUUACUGAUCACAGCGUACCACGUCGCCUGGGACCAAAGCGAGCAUCAAAGAUCCGCAAGUUGUUCAACCUGAGCAAGGAGGAUGAUGUCCGUCAGUAUGUGAUCAAGCGCCCCCUUACUGGCAAGGAGGGCAAGAAGCCCAAGUACAAGGCUCCCAAGAUCCAGAGGCUCAUCACACCCACUGUGCUCCAGCGCAAGAGAUUCAAGAGGGCCCAGAAGCGGGCACGCUUCGCCAAGAACAAGGAAGAGAAGACAGAAUUUGCCAAGCUUCUUGCUAUGAGACAGAAGGAAGCUAGGGAAAAGAGGGCAGAAGAGAUCCGCCGCCGUCGCUCCUCCAUGCGUGACUCAAAGGCUUCAGAAAAGUCCGCAACUGAGAAGCCAGCUGAGAAGCCCGCUGUCAAGAAGACUGCAACCAAGAGGCCCGCAGCUGACAAACCCGCUGAUAAGCCCGCAGCCAAGAAGCAGGCGACUGAUAAGACUGCCGCCAAGAAGCCCGCUGCUGCUAAGACCGCUGCCAAGAAGCCCGCUGCCGCUAAGACAACUGCCAAGGCCCCAGCUGCUAAGUCUGCCGCCAAGAAGCCCGCUGCUGGAAAACCCGCUGCUGCUGCCAAGCCCGCCGCUGGAAAGCCUGCAAAGGGAAAGGGAGCAAAGAAAUAAACUAAUAAAGCCUCCUCUUUAGU